AUGCCGUCGGUAAGUUAUCCAGGAAUUCGAUUGCAAGACUGUCCUAAGGAGCUCGCACGCCGCAUCGCGUCGCCGAUCUGCAAGGUCGUGGUCGAUGCGCGCGAAAUCGACCUGUACCAUUUACUACAACAGUCGCUGACAUGGAUUGCUCCCUCUAUAGCCAAGGCGACAGACGAGAAUCUGACUUCCGAGAACUGGGAGUACAUCCUGGAUGUCUGUGAUAAGGUGGCCGCCGAAGAAUCUGGCGCGAAGGAGGCGGUUGCUGCCAUGAUCAAGAGAUUGGCCCACAGAAACGCCAAUGUGCAGCUGUACACUUUGGAGCUUGGUAAUUCGCUAGCCCAGAACUGUGGACCGAAGAUCCAUCGAGAGCUGGCGUCGAGAAGCUUUACUGAUGCCCUGCUUCGUCUGGCCGCUGAGCGAAAUACGCAUCAGCAAGUGAAAUCGAAGAUCCUCGAGCGAAUGGAAGAAUGGACUGAAAUGUUCUCAUCAAACCCGGAUUUUGGAAUCAUGGAGCAGGCAUACAUGAAGUUGAAGACUCAAAACCCGAAUCUCCAGCCCCCAUCCAAGCCCGUGAAGCAGCAGAUUACCGACAUUGAUAGACAGAAGGAAGAGGAGGAACUGCAGAUGGCAUUGGCGCUUUCAGUCAAGGAAAGGAAACCUGUCCCUUCCCAGGCCUCAUCUUCGGCUGCUGCCGCCGCAUCUGCAUCCGUCUCUGCCUCUACACCUGCCGCCGCCGCGGCCCAAGAUGAGCCAGCUCUAUCCCAUGCUGUUCCUCCCGGCACAUCCGCAGCCACUGUCUCGCGAGUGAGAGCUUUGUUUGACUUCCAGCCUUCUGAACCUGGCGAGCUGCAAUUUCGCAAAGGGGAUAUCAUUGCCGUCCUGGAAUCUGUUUACAAGGACUGGUGGAAGGGCUCGCUGAGAGGCCAGACCGGCAUUUUCCCUCUAAAUUAUGUCGAGAAGCUGGCCGACCCGACAGUUGAAGAACUGCAGCGAGAGGCACAGAUGGAGGGUGAUGUCUUUGGCCAGAUCAAGAAUGUUGAGAAGCUCCUGACGCUGCUGAGCACACGCAGCUCCGAUCUCAAUGUGCGGGAGAAUGAGGAAAUCACCACGCUCUAUCAUUCCACCCUUGCUAUUCGACCCAAACUCAUCGAGCUGAUUGGGAAAUACUCCCAGAAGAAAGAUGAGUUCACCCAGCUGAAUGAGAAAUUCAUCAAAGCUCGUCGUGAUUAUGAGUCUUUGCUGGAAGCCUCCAUGGCUCACCCCACACAACCUCAAUACGGUAGACCCGGCCCACAGCCUUCGUAUGGGUACCCUGGUGCUGCUCCUGGUGGAUAUCCACAAGGACCUCAGCCCGAUCAGCGAUACUUCAGUCCUCGACCCCAAGAAACUCCGCAACCACAGGCAACCCCUUUCUACGGGGCUGAGCAGACUAUGCCGUAUCGACCCGCAUCUCAUUCCCCUGAUCCUCGCUCCCAGUUUACUGGUGGACAGCCCCUGCAACCACAGCAGGCUCCGCAACAGCCGGCUGCUUCUGACCCAUACCAACAAUCGAUACACCACCGCCCUCAUUCAACUUAUGACCACCCUCAAGAACUAGGCACAUCUGUCUAUGACUCGCCUGUUGACCAUACUGGUGCUGGUCAACGCCCUUCUUACCCGCCUAGCGGCCAAGUGCCCCCCGGCUCUCAUCAGCAGUUCCAACAGCAACAGGACUACUCCCCUUCGAAUUACACUGGUGAUGACUCGGGUCUGCCAUCGGCCCCAGGCAUGCCUCAGCAGUCUCCUCACCAAUAUUCGCAGCAGCCACUAGCUCAGGCUCCCUACCCAAACUCGCCCACUGUUCACCAACCACCACCGUCCCACCUUCCGCCUCCGGUUCCUGGAGCAGGAGCGCCCUCGGCCCAAUACACUGCAUUCAACCCGGGACCUUCGGGUCAUGCGGCGGGUGGUGAGUACCAGGCAUACCAACCGCCGCAGGGCGGCGCUUCUGCAUCGAACCCCGCGUCCUUCUACAGAUAA